UUCAGCAUUGGCUUGUACGUCGACCAACUCCUUCUCGAGUAACACCACACCAUCCAUCGACAAUUGCCCCUCCGACUCACCCCAUCUGGAACGAGUGCAACGAGUCACGCACUGCAGACCCCAAGCAAGAGCCUUCAGCAUGUUCCCCAGGCAACUUCGAUCCGCUGCGGGCGGCAGCUCCCGUCUACUCGCUCAGGCCCAGGUGGCUAGCCGACAGCCGAUGGCCAACGCAGCUCGCCUGGCGCCACUCUCUGCGCGAUGGAACUCGAGCAAGGUCACCGGGCCAGUUAUUGGUAUCGACCUGGGAACCACUAACUCAUGUGUUUCCAUCAUGGAGGGUCAGCAGGCUCGUGUCAUUGAAAACUCAGAGGGCGGCCGCACAACCCCAUCCGUCGUGGCAUUUACCAAGGAAGGCGAGCGCUUGGUCGGUGUCCCAGCCAAGCGGCAAGCGGUGGUCAACCCGGAGGCGACGCUCUUCGCUACAAAGCGAUUGAUCGGGCGAAAGUUCCCGGACAAGGAAGUGCAAAAGGACUUGGCAAAUGUUCCCUAUAAGAUCAUCCCACACUCGAACGGCGACGCCUGGGUCGAGGCCCGGGGGCAAAAGUACAGCCCUUCGCAGAUUGGCGCUUUCGUUGUCGGCAAACUCAAGGAGACCGCUGCGAGCUACCUCGGUAAGACUAUCAACCACGCCGUCAUCACCGUUCCCGCUUACUUCAACGACUCACAACGCCAGGCCACCAAGGACGCCGGUACCAUCGCCGGGCUUGAUGUCUUGCGAGUGAUCAACGAGCCUACCGCCGCUGCGCUCGCAUACGGUCUUGACAAGCAGGACUCAGCAGUCAUUGCAGUCUUCGACUUGGGUGGUGGCACGUUCGAUGUCUCCAUUCUCGAGAUGCAAAAGGGCGUCUUCGAGGUCAAGUCGACCAACGGUGACACUCACCUCGGUGGUGAGGACUUUGACAUUGUCCUCGUCGAGCACCUCGUCAAGGAGUUCCAGAAGGAGUCUGGCAUCGACCUGUCCAAGGACCGCAUGGCCAUCCAGCGUAUCCGUGAAGCUGCGGAGAAGGCCAAGAUCGAGCUCUCUUCGACGUCGCAGACUGACAUUUCACUGCCGUACAUUACCGCUGAUGCUUCGGGCCCCAAGCACAUCAACAUGAAGAUGUCGCGGGCGCAGCUCGAGAGCCUCUGCGCCAAGCUGAUCGAGCGGACGGUCGAGCCGUGCAAGAAGGCGCUGUCUGAUGCAGGCACCAAGCCGAGCGACAUCCAGGAGGUCAUCAUGGUCGGUGGUAUGUCGCGCAUGCCGAAGGUGCUUGAGACGGUCAAGAGCAUCUUCAAGCGCGACCCAAGCAAGGGUGUCAACCCGGAUGAGGCUGUCGCCAUCGGCGCCUCAAUCCAGGGUGGCGUGCUCUCUGGUCAAGUGACCGACAUUCUACUACUCGACGUCACGCCGCUCUCGCUGGGUAUCACCACUCUCGGUGGCGUCUUCACCCGUCUGAUCAACCGCAACACCACUAUCCCAACCAAGAAGUCUCAAAUCUUCAGCACAGCAGCCGAUGGCCAGACGGCCGUAAGCAUCGAGGUUUACCAGGGCGAGCGUGAGCUGGUGCGGGACAACAAGCAGCUUGGCACGUUCAACCUUGGCGGUCUGCCGCCUGCGCCACGCGGUGUGCCUCAGGUGGAGGUAACAUUCGAUAUCGAUGCUAACGGCAUCCUCAACGUCAGCGCGAUGGAGAAGGUAUCGAACAAGGCUGCUGACAUCACCAUCACUGCCAGCAGUGGUCUGAGCGACCAGGAGAUCGAGCGCAUGGUCCAGGAUGCCGAGCAGCACUCUGAGGCGGACAAGGCGCGCAAGGCGCUCAUCGAGGAGGCCAACCGCGCGCAGAGCGUCUGCGCCGAGACAGCCAAGGCGCUCACCGAGUUUGGCGACCAGUUGCCCACAGAAGACAAGGAGAAGCUCAACGCGCUCAUCAAGGAGACCGAGGAGCUGGCGGCUAAGGGCCAGAAUGCCGACGACAGCGUCACCGCAGAGCAAAUCCGGGAAAAGGUCGAUGCGACGCAGCAGGCCAGCCUGGGCCUGUUCAAGCAGGUGUACGAGAAGCGCAACAACCAGCAGCAGUCCAGUGGCAGCAACGGUUCAGAUGGUGCCGCUAGCUCGGGCUCCGAGGGCAGCGAGCAAAAGUCGUCAUGAGUUGCCGACGGGGGGAGAUGAGAGAGGGCAUGAGCACUUUUGGUGGUUCAGCCUCGAGUCGCCAUCUUGACUGUGACUCGAUACCAGCAAUCAUCAAAGCCCACCACUGCACGCCUUCGCGGUCAUAGAUGACAGGCGUCGCAUUUUAUUGCAAAGGGGAGACGUUGGCCCAGCGGGACGUCAGGAGCAUUUUCACAAUAUUCUCGCUGGAAGUUCCCCGCCUUCACAUGCCCGUCGCUUUCUGCUUGUACAAUAGAAAUGUCUACCAGGCACGCACUCACGGCGCUGAAAUUGCAUCACCACUUUUUCCGCU